CAGGGCCUGGGAUUGGUGGGGAGUCUGGGGUCCUGUUGGGGAAGGAAAUAGGGUGUUGCUGUUGGGGGCACGAGGUGGGAUGGUGAGGAUGAAUGAGUAUGUGGGGCAGCUCUUGAAAACAUCACCUUUGGGCAAUAGGGUUACUCGUGGGCCCCGGCAAAACAGUGUGGAGGAUUGUGGCAUGCUCGGAAACAAUCUGCACCUGGGGCUGUGUGAUAAACAGAAGACUUACAAAUUGCUUUAAAAACUUUACAAUUUUGUUGUAGCCAGUUUCUGUCCACAUGUCAGUAACCUCCAAGUGGAAUGAUUAUACUCAAAGGAGGUUUAAUGCUCAGUUUCCCUUUCCCCAUCCAGAUGUUCAAUUAUUUUCUGUCUUUCCCUUAGCAUGGGCAACGGAAUUGGAAAUCAACAAAAUCACUUUGUUUUGUUUUAUUUAAUUUGGGCUCUAGGGUCUCAGGGCAACUUUGAAGAAGGCAAACAUUGCAAGGGAAUGUUUGUGUUAAAAGCAACUGUUUAGCCUGGAAGCUUCUUGCACCAAAUUAAUAGAAAUAUAUCAUUGGGUAAAAGUUUGUUUUUCCCAAAUCUAAUUUGGUCAAAUUUAUUAUUGUUUACUUCCUGUACAACUCACAAAGCCUUUCCAGACAGGAAAGAAGACAUGUUCCCUGCCCCAGGAGCUCUUAGGCCUGGUCUACAUUUAAAAAUUAGAUCAGCCUACAUCACUCAAGGCAAAUAGCUUGUCUGCCUACCUACCUCUAUUGCACUCAUCACCUUAAGCUAUGUCUACAUUACCGUGAUAUGGGCUUAUUUUGCCCAAGAAAGCAUUGCAGAAAACUCUGAUGUUGAAGAAACAUUCAGUCUUUGCAGAUGACUCUGAUGAGGAGACAUCUGUGGGCGAGAGUCUACAAAGAGAAGCAUUAAAAAAGCAAGUAAUGAAGCAAACCAAACUUGAGAUUCAGAAGGCCUUGGCAGAAGACUCCACAGUGUAUGAAUAUGACAGUAUUUAUGAUGAAAUGCAGCAGCAGAAGAAAGAAAGCAAUGCCAAAGUACUCUCAGGAAAAGAUGACAAAAAGCCCAAAUACAUCCAAAAUAUCCUCAAAGCAGCUGAGGUAAGAAAGCAAGAGCAGGAAAAAAGAAUGGAAAAAAAAAUUCAGAAGGAGCGUGAAAUGGAAGGGGGAGAGUUUGAUGACAAAGAGGCCUUUGUGACAUCAGCCUAUAAGAAGAAACUGCAAGAAAGGGCUGAGGAGGAGGAAAGAGAAAAAAAGGAAGCAGCACUGGAGGCAUACCUGGAUGUGACCAGACAGAAGGAUCUCAGUGGAUUUUACAGACAUCUUUUAAACCAGACAGUGGGGGAAGAAGAGGUGCCCAAAUGCAGCCUCCGUGACGCCAGGAUAAAGGAAGGAAAAUCUACCACUAAUUCAGAUGAAUCCAUCCAAAGAAACAAAAGUCCAGAUGAGAGACCAAGACUUAGAACCCCUGCUAAGGAAGAGGAUAACCCAGAUGCAGACAGUGACUUAGAAAGUGAUAGUAGUGAUGAUGAUCAUAAAAAUAGCAGAGCUAGUUCUAAAAAGAAGGAAAAUCGAGACUGCUCUGAGAGCAGUGAGGAGGAUUCCAAACAUCACAGGAGCCGGAAACACUCCAACUCAUCAGAAUCUUCCAGUGAGGAGGGAAGUCACUACACAAAAACCGAUAUAAAUAGUCCUAGGAGAGGAGAGACUGGAACAGGUAGAAGGGAAAAAGAUGAGCACCACAAGGAAAGGGAUUAUGAGAGAAGAAAUAGAAACCAGGAAAAGGAUCACCGGACGGAAAAGGAAGACCGACACAGAUAUGGGGAUCAUACCAGUAAAGAUAACUACAGAAAGAGGAAUGAGCAGGAGGACAAGCAGAGGGGGAAAGAUAGAAAAGAGAGAGAAGGAUAUGACAAAGAAGGUAGGAAAGAGAAAGAGAGGGAGGACAAGUAUUCAGAAAGGGAACGAGAAAAAGAGCGAAUAAGAAAUGGCAAAGACAGAUACAGUGAUAGAGAAAGAGGGGAAAAAUGCAAAGAAAAGGAGGAACAUUUGAAGGAAAAAAGAGAGAGAGAUGACAAGAAAUACAGGGACAGGAAGGAAAGUAGUCCUCGAGACUCAGAAAAGGACAGGGACAAGAAGCAAAGUAGCCCUAGAUCCUUAGAAAAAGACAGACAGUGUGACCAGGAAAAAGAGACAAAGGCAAAGGACAGAAAGAGUAAUGAUGAGAGAAUCUCAUGCUCUGAAAGAUUUCCUGAGCCAAAAGGUAAGGAUGAAGAGGAAAAGCAAAAAGGUGCAGAGCAGAUGGAAAAAAAAUCUCUGUAUGUGAGCAAAUUUGCCAAGCGGAGCAGUGAAGAGACAGUGGUAUCAGCAAGGGAUCGCUACUUGGCUAGGCAAAUGGCACGAGUUAGCACAAAAUCCUAUAUAGAGAAAGAAGAGGAUUAGCUUCAUUUCAGUGGCCAUAAACCAAGAGAUGAUCCACUUUCACUGAUGGAAAAAUCACUGCAGCAAGAACUCUGUGUUGAAAUGAAAGUAUUUCCUGACCAUUUAUUUCUGGGUUUUUUUAAACUCAGUAAUUUAAUAAAACAAACUUCUGUUUUGAAAUGUUUUGAUGGUCUUUGUACCUUCAUCGAGUCAAAUGUACAGGCAAGGUGUUUAAUUUGACUGGUUCUAUCCAUCCUGGCCUUCAGCACCAUAGCCUCUGCUUGCUCUAUCAUUUAUUCAAAGAUAGGAAGUCACACUUAUGGAUUCUAAACUUGUACAGGUGAGAAUACCUCAGUGGCAGCCUGCAUAUAAUCCUUAUCAGCUAAUACCAGUACAACUCCUCUUUUGGAGCAGCAGCAUUCUCAGCCAUUACUGUCAGAUCUCACUAUCCAAAGAAGUUAACAGAGAGUGUACAGGAGGGAGAACUUUAAAGAGAGGGAUAUCCAGGCAAAAUAAAUAGAAUAAUAAUUGAGCUGACCCUGUAUGUUUUGUGCUGUUUUGUAAACCAGGUAAAUUUCAUCUUGACAUAUUUGGAUUUGAACGUAUAUAACAUGUGUGGGGUGUUUUGUUUGUUUCUGGUGCUUGAUGUACAGAAAUAUUUAAAAUAAAAUGUAAGAUAUGUACUAUA